UUGGGCAACCACCUGAUCCUACAGUGAGCUAGAUAUGGCUUCUUCGUUGGUUGUCGGGCGGCGUCUGAUGCGCGCUCUGGGGCCUGGCGGGGAGCUAGAGUCAGAGAAGCUGCCCCGGAAGUUGCGGGCCGAGUUUGAGGCCGCUGUGGGGAAGAAGCACAAGAAUGUUGGUAGUCCCAGUGGCCCCCGACGCUUGGUUUCCUUUCGUCUGAUUCGGGAUCUGCACCAGCAUCUCAGAGAAAGCGGUUCUACACUAUACCUUCAUGAGCUUUUAGAAGGCAGUGAAAUCUAUGUCCCAGAGGUUGUGAAGCCUCCUCGGAAUCCAGAGUUAGUGGCCCGACUGGAAAAGAUUAAGAUACAUCUGGCCAAUGAGGAAUAUAAGCGGAUCACUCGUAAUGUCACCUGUCAGGAUUCAAGGCUCAGUGGGACUCUUGGUGACUUGGGAAAGCAAGUGAGAUCGGUGAAGGCUCUGGUUAUCACCAUCUUCAACUUCAUUGUGACGGUCGCAGCUGCAUUCAUCUGCACUUACCUUGGAAGCCAGUAUGUCUUCACAGAAAUAGCCUCGCGUGUGCUGGCUGCAUUGAUUGUUGCCUCAGUGGUGGGCCUAGCUGAGCUGUAUGUCAUGGUGCGGGCAGUGGAAGGUGAGUUGGGAGAGCUGUGACUGGUGCUUCAUCAUCAGAAUCUGCAGAAGGUUUUGGGGUCAUCAGGCUCCCAACUGCCAAUCACUGACUCGGUCAACCCAUGAGGCUUCUUGUACUCAGCUCUAGUUAGUCAGAGGACCAAACCAGGCCACCUGCUGUUUGUGUGAGGAGCCCCAUCUUCUGUAAAUUUCCAGAAUGAGCAGUGAAGGAAACUCAGACAAUACUUCUUUUAAACUAAAAGAAUUGGUAUCUUGCAAGAACCCAUUGCCCUCCUGUCUCCUCCAGUCGGUUCUGAGCUCUGCUGGGACUGGGUUUUUUCCAUCAGGAGUAAAUGGAAUCCAGGCCUCCUCAGAAGACGGACCAUACUGCCUUGAACUUGUCCUAGUGCUCACCUCACAUCUUUGGUGCAGGCUGGUAAUUGAGAGCAGAAGCCUCUGAGAAGGGAGAGAGGCUCCAUCUCUCCAGUGUUUGGUGGAGGCCAACAGUUGAAAGCAGAAGCUUCCAAGAAAAAGGAGAAAAGGGCUGCAUCUCUCCAGUCUAAGCUGGAAAGGGAUUUGAUUAGGGAACAGAUAACCAAUAAGAGAAAAACGGAUUGAUACAGGGUAGUGGAACUGGAAGCCAGGCAGCUACCAUUUGGGAAAGGGAAGUAGUAUUGAUCCCUUUUCCAGAAGGCAAAACAGACCCAGAGAAAUCAACCAGCUGUGAGCCUUCCCCUGUUAAUUGGAGCCAAAGACUCUUCCAUUGUCUGGAUGUCUCUGUGUAAUACUAAACUUCUGAGAACUUAAGUAAGUGGUGUGAUGACAGAUCUGUCUGUAUAAUGCACUUAAAAAGGUGUCAACCCCAAUUACUUAAUAAAUAUUUAUUG